UCAAUUUCCCCCUCAAGGGAAGGGAGAGCAGUGGGGAACUGGGGCGUGUCUGCGUGUUUUGCUUUUGGUUGGAAUCCUAAUUAGAUCCAGCUGGUGAGCUGCCCCUCCUCCAGCCUCAGCCCUUCAUCCCCUAUAGCAUGGGCACGGAAAAGCUCCAUCCCGAACAGGCCGCCGCUCCAAUGUCAGAAAGAAUCUCCACAAAUUCAGACCAGAGCCAGGGAGCUGCCUCCAGCCCUGUCUGUACCCUUGCCAGCCCUCCCAGGCCUGAGCAGGAACUGGGUACAGGAGCAGAGCAACCACAGCCCCUACUGCAGCCUCAUCCUCUCUGGUUCCCACACCUCUUAUGUUUCUCAUGUGACCAGCCCUGCACACACAUGCCAUCCAGGUGACACCCCCGGGUACCCACAACCCCAUGCUGCUCACAUGACUCCCACUGGUGGCCCCACAACUCAGCAACAGCACUCUGCCAACAUUCAACACCCCCACACACACUCACACACUAUCUCACAAGGCACUUGUUGUGCUCCCCACGAGCCCCCACAGGCAGCAGGCACUCAUGCCAGACCCUGAACAAGAGUCAGAACUGGUCCAGCCCCAGGAGGUGGCAGCUCCAUCAACCGCAAAGAGGAGGUGGGACAGGCUCCACACCACAGCUUCCGUGGAGCCCUGCUGCCCAGCCCGAGGCAGGAACCUCCUCUUUGUCCUCUUGCACCCACCCCUGUGCUCUCUUCAUCUGCCUCCAGCUCCUGGAGGCCCGGAGCCCUCUCCACUGACCGCCUUUGCAUGGGGCAGUACAACCCAGCUGGCUAGUUGAAAAACGGCCCAGAGACAAGAAUGUGUGUGUGGGGCGGGGGAGGGGGUGAGUGUGUGCCCACAUGCAGGAGAGCACCCAAAGGCACACAGCACUGCCCCCUAUGAGCAGGUCUAACUUGGCUCUCACCCUUGGCUUCUCUCUCCAUCCCCACCCGCACCCUGAACCUUCUGAGUCCUCAGUCCGAGAGAAGGAGGCCAAAGAAGGAGCUCAGAAGGAGCGGUUCCUGCUGCCUGGAAAUGCACCGCACACUCCCCUCUCCAGAACCUUGGCCCUGUGAGGGCUUAGGAGGACACACAGAGCAGCUGGCACACCCAGAAUCCUCUGACCUUGACCCAAGCAUGCAAGCUGCACCCUGCAGCCUCCCCACUGGCCUUAGCCUGGACGACUUCAUCCCUAGCCGCCUCCGGGCCCACGAGGGGUCAUCCUCCCGAGGGACACAGGUGCCCGUGAUCCGGAACGGUGGCUCCAACACCCUUAAUUUCCAGUUCCAUGACCCUGCGCCCCGGACUGUGUGCAAUGGGCACUUCGCACCAAGGAGAGAUGCUUCCCAGCACCCAGAUCCUGCUUGGUAUCAGACCUGGCCAGGCCCUGGGAGCGGGAGCCGGCCCUCUGGGAGCCCAAAGACCCUCGGCCCCCAGCAUGCCCAGAACUGGGCAGCAACGUGGACCAAGGACAAGAAACAUCGGGACAAGCGCUGGGUCAAGUAUGAGGGAAUCGGGCCCGUGGAUGAGAGCGGCAUGCCCAUUGCCCCCCGAUCCAGUGUUGACAGUCCCAGGGAUUGGUACCGGAAGAUGUUCCAGCAGAUUCACCGGAAAAUGUCAGAUCUGCAGCUGGACUGUACCUUGGAAGAGCCACCCAAAGACUCAAAGCCUCCGGGGCGCCAGCAAAGACCCGCCACCAGGCCCGGCGCGGCCGCAUCCCGGAGCGGAAGAAGCUGGGACCUCUCUGAAGAGUUUCCUAGAGGCAACCUCAACUAUAAUCCUAGAACAUCCUCCUCUCUGCUCCAGACCCCAAAUCAGGUGUCCAGAUGCCAAGAGAAAGUGAACCAUGUCUGGCAGGAAGACUCCUGGAACCAAUUUCUACAAGAACUAGAGACUGGGCAGAGGCCAAAGAAACCACUGGUAGACGAGCCUGUUGAGAGGCCCUCUCAGCCCAUCGAGGUCCUGCUAGAGAGAGAGCUGGCCAAACUGAGCGCCGAGCUGGACAAGGACCUGCGGGCAAUUGAGACCCGGCUGCCGUCCCCCAAGAGCUCCCAGGCGCCCCGACGGUCGCAGGAGCAGCGGCCCCGGCCCCCGGCCCGCCCGGCCCCAGCCUGGAGCUCCAGCUCCGCGCGGACCCUUUACCUGGGUUCCUCCCGAUCCCUGAGCCCUCACAGAAUGGCGCAUGGAGGAAGCCCCUUCCUGGGUCGUAGAGACUUUGUCUACCCUUCCCCAACCCGAGAUCCUAGCACCUCUGAGCCAGGGGGCAGCCCAGCCAGGAAGGAAGAGAAGAAGAUGAAGGCUGCCCGGCUCAAGUUUGAUUUCCAGGCACAGUCCCCCAAGGAGCUGACUCUGCAGAAAGGUGACAUUGUCUACAUUCACAAGGAGGUGGACAAGAACUGGCUGGAGGGGGAGCACCACGGCCGCCUGGGCAUCUUCCCUGCUAAUUAUGUGGAGGUGCUGCCCGCAGACGAGGUCCCCAAGCCCAUCAAGCCCCCCACCUACCAGGUGCUGGAGUAUGGAGAGGCCGUGGCCCAGUACAACUUCAAGGGGGAUCUGGAGGUGGAACUGUCCUUCCGCAAGGGGGAGCACAUCUGCCUGAUCCGCAAGGUGAAUGAGAACUGGUAUGAGGGACGCAUCUCGGGCACCGGGCGCCAGGGUAUCUUCCCCGCCAGCUACGUCCAGGUGUGCCGCGAGCCCCGGCUCCGGGUCUGCGAUGAUGGUCCCCAGCUCCCUGGAUCCCCCCACCUGACCGCCACCACCCGACUGGCCCAGAAUCCCAGCUCCCCCUGCACCCCACGCAGCCCAGUCGACCCCACUGACUUGGGGGGGCAAACCUCCCCCUGCCGCACCGGCUUCUCCUUCUCCACCCUGGAGCCCAAACCCCAGACCCAGAGUCUUGGUACCCCUGGAUCAGCUGUGUCCCAUCCUCGAGGCUCCAGUCAUCCCCUGGACCUGGGGACCUCAUCCUCCAAGACCACUCAGAUACACUGGACCCUGUACCGGGCCAUGUAUCGGUACAGACCCCAGAACGAAGAUGAGCUGGAGCUGCAGGAGGGCGACCAGGUGGAUGUCAUGCAGCAGUGUGAUGAUGGCUGGUUCGUGGGUGUCUCCCGGAGGACCCAGAAAUUUGGGACCUUCCCUGGAAAUUAUGUAGCCCCUGUGUGAGUGGUCUCCGUGGCAACUCAGAGCCCAGCCAGGAUGGGAUGGGGAGCAGUAGUGCUUGGGGGAGAGAGAGAGGACUGCCCCACCUACAUCCUCCUCACCCGGGACCUGAGCUCCUGGCAUCUGCAGGCAACCCCAGCAGCCUUUCCCUCGGAGCCCCUCGGAGCCCCCUGGACUGAUCCCCACCAGCAUUCCUCCCCCACCCCACUCCUCAAAUACAGAGGUCUGCUUUGAAGUGGAGACUGUUUCCAGGGCUUAUUGGGACCAGACCCCUGCACUCCCCACCCCCACACUGCUCUGGUGUUUCCUCUAACAGGGAUGGGCUCCCCGCGUCACCCCCUGUCGGGUUCCUCUAACAAGGACCAGCUUCCUAACCUAAUAAAGACCAAACGCCUACUCCUGGAGGGGAUUCCUCCCCUUUCGCUCCAGCUUGCCCGCUGCCCCCUUCACCUUCCUGCUUCCAGCUGGGCCUGGGAGCGAGGUGGGGACAGGCACAGCCACCUCCUUAGCUAAGUUCAGGGCCUUGAAGGCCCCCACUUUCCAAAGGCCGCCGAGCCUUGGGCCUGGGCUCUGUACCUCGUCCUGUCGCUGUGUUGCCAGAGGAGACAAGGCCGUGGAGGACUGGCCCAUCCUGAACGUCUUCCGGCGGAGGCUGAUGUCUGUUGCCCUCCUGCCUUCUCAGCUCACUCUCUACCCCCGAGCUUCCUCUGGAAGAGAAUGUAAAAUAAAUCUGCGUACUAGAAA